AUGACUCCCAUUGGUGAAAAGAGAAACCGUGUGCUCACCACUACACGUCGAGUGUUUACAGCAGCAGCAGAUUGCCAAAUGGCAUUGAUGAGCACCCAAAGAGACUCUGCCUUUCUUCCUUCACCUGAUCAGUCUGCUCCUCAACCGAACCACGAUGUGUUUUUGAGUUUCAGGGGUGAGGACACUCGACUUAGCUUUGUAUCCCAUUUAUACCACGAAUUGCAGCUCAGGGGCAUUAAAACAUUCAAGGAUGAUCGUGAGCUUGAAAUAGGGACACCUAUUUCUUCAGAGCUCAUCAAAGCAAUCGAAGAAUCAACACUUGCAAUCGUUGUUCUCUCGCCAAAUUAUGCAUCUUCUUCCUGGUGCUUGGAUGAGCUUACAAAGAUUCUCCAAUGCAUGAAAUCCAAGAGCACAAUUCUGCCAGUGUUUUAUCAUGUGGAUCCCUCCGAUGUGAGAAAACAAAGCGGCAGUUUUGCGGACGCCUUCGCUGAGCAUGAGAAAAGGUUUAGGGAAGACAUCGAUAAGGUGAAGCGUUGGAAAGAUGCUUUAACAGAAGUAGCCAAUUUAUCUGGGAUAGAUUCAAAGAAUGAGUGUGAAAGAAAGCUUAUUGAAAAUAUUGUUGAACGGGUGUGGAUGAAAGUACAUCGCAGAUUCAAAUUGUUAGAUUCCAGAGAGUUGGUGGGAAUGAAGUUUAUACGUGAGCACAUAGAUUUGCUUUUAGCUCAUCCUAUGGAUGAUGUUUGCUUUAUGGGGAUAUGGGGGAUGGGCGGAAUUGGCAAAACAACCAUUGCUCACCUAGUUUAUGAUAGCAUUUCUACCCAUUUUGAAGUUAGCAGCUUUCUUGCUAAUGUUAGAGAGGUUUCUCAACGUGGUAAUCUUGUUCAUCUACAAAGACAACUUCUUUCCCCAAUCUUAAAGGAUCAAAUUACUCAAGUUUGGGAUGAACAGUGGGGAACCUCUGUCAUUAAGAAUUGCUUGUAUAAUAAAAAGGUUCUUCUCAUUCUUGAUGAUGUGAGUGAAUCAAGCCAACUUGAAAAGUUGGCUGGUGAAAAGGAUUGGUUUGGUAAGGGGAGUAUAAUCAUUAUUACAACUAGAGAUAAACGGUUGCUAGUUAAGCAUGAUAUGCAGGUAUCAUAUAAGGUAGAGGGAUUAGGUGAUGAUGAUGCUCUUGAGCUCUUCAGUCGGAAUGCCUUUAAAAAAAAUGAGCCUGAGGAAGGUUUCUUGGAAUUGUCCAAGGGUUUUGUAAAUUAUGCCAGAGGCCUUCCACUAGCUCUUAAACUUUUGGGAUGCUUAGUGUAUAAGAGAGAUCAAGAUGAAUGGAAAAGUGAAUUGGAUAAGCUGCAGAAAAUUCCUAUGUCAGAAAUUAUUGAUUUGCUCAAAGUAAGUUACGAUGGAUUGGAUGAGAUGAACAAGGAUAUAUUUCUUGAUGUUGCAUUUUUUCAUAAGGGGAUGGUCAAGAAGCAUGUAGUUGAAAUACUAGACAGUUGUGGCCUAUGUGGUAAUAUUGGGAUAAAUGCUCUCGUUCAGAAAUCACUCUUAACUAUAUCAAAUGGGAAUGUUGGGAUGCAUGAUUUAAUACAAGAAAUGGCAUUGGAAAUUGUUCGUCGAGAGUGUCCUGAUGAGCCUGGUAGACGAAGUCGAUUGUGCAAUCAUGAUGAUAUCUCUCAAGUAUUCAUAAACAAUAUGGCAACAAACAAAAUUAAAGGCAUUGCCUUACGCACGAUGCGACUUGAAAUGGCAUAUUGGAAUUGUGAAGCCUUCUCUAAGAUGUGUAACCUGAAAGUUCUUGAAUUCGACAAUGUGAUCAUUUCUUCAAGCCCCAGAAUUCUUCCUAAUUCCUUGAGAAGUAUCAAAUGGAGUCUUUAUCCUUCAAAAUUUCUCCCUUCAGGUUUUCAACCGAAUUUCCUUACUGCACUUAAGAUGCGUGAGAGCAAACUUGUUCGGCUUUGGGAUGGAAGAAAGGACUUGCCCAACUUGAAAAAAAUGGACCUUCUUGGCUCUGAAAACUUGACCACAACCCCAGAUUUUAGUGGCAUUCCGAAUCUUGAGUUGUUGGGUUUUAAAUGUUGUACGAAUUUGGUUAAGAUUCACCCGUCAAUUGCAGAUCUUAAAUGUCUUAAAAGCUUGGAUCUUGAUUUUUGCUCAAAAUUGAAAAAGAUUCCAGAAUUUUCAGGGCAAAUGAAAAUUUUGUCAACGAUUAGUUUAUUGGGGACGUCCAUUGAGAAAUUACCUUCAUCAAUAGGAUUUCUAGUUGGCCUUACUACUCUGAUUCUAUCGGAUUGCAAAAAUCUCUUGGGUCUUCCGAGUGAAAUUUGUAAUAUCAAGUCUCUUCAAGGGCUCUGGAUGAAUGGAUGCUCAAAAGUUGAGAAACUCCCAGAGAACAUGGGGGAGAUGGAGUCCCUUACAGGGCUUCAUUUGUAUGAAACUUCUAUAAGACAGUUGCCACGCUCCAUUGUUGGUUUGAAAAAACUGAUUGGUCUAUCUUUGGGUGGAAUAAGUGGACCACAGCCUAAUAAAUCAGGGUUUUGGUGGGGCUCCCCCCGCUCAAAUGGAAGAAAGGCUUUUGUGUUGGCUUCGCUUGAUGGUUUAUUCUCUUUGAAGUAUUUGGAUUUGAGUAAUUGUGGUGUUUGUGAAGGGGAUCUUCCCAGUGAUAUUGGUUGCUUGUUCUCUUUAGAAAAAUUAGAGCUUAGUGGAAACAAUUUUGUUAGCCUUCCUGCAAGCAUUGGAUGUCUUUCUAAGCUUAAGGUAUUUUGGGUGAAUGGGUGCCAAAGUCUUGAACAAUUGCCAGAUCUUUCUAAGCUUAUCUCAUUGGUGGAUAUAAACAUAGCCGAUUGCACUUCCUUAAAAAUGUUACCACAUCUUUCGUCAAAUUGCUCAUUAGUGGAUAUAAACAACGAUAUUGAUUAUCGUAGAUUUGAUUGUGCCAAUUGCUUUGUAUUGGUUGACAAUGAAGGCUGCGAUAGUAUAAUACUGAAAAUGCUACAGCGAUACCUUCAGGUACUCCCUUGUAUAAAUCUUGACAGAUUCGAAAUUUUAACUCCUGGAAGGAAAAUUCCAGAGUGGUUCAGUAAUCAAAGUUUGGGAGAUUCCCUAACUAUGCAGCUACCUCUGGAUUCAUGUACCACGGGGAUGGGAAUUGCUUUAUAUGCUGUGUUUGAAGUUCCGGCUGAUCUUUCUGAAUUUCAUUAUUUUAAAAUUAGUUGUUCCGCACCAGGAGUAAUAAAUGGAGAAUUUUCAAAAUCUUUUGAAAUAGGCAAUGUUGUGUCAGAUCACCUUUGGGUAGUUUAUAUAUCUGUUAAAGAAUUUGAGAAGAUAUGCGGUCAGAUAAAGGUUUGGUUCACAACUGAUUAUUCUCAAGACAUAAUGCGGGGAGACAAAAAAUCUUGUGUGAAGAAGUGUGGAUUUCGUUUGGUGCACGAGCAAGAUGUGGAACAACUCAACCAGAUCAUGAUGAACAAAUCCAUCAUCAAGAGCACUACUACUUGUCCUACCAAAUCAGCUGAUGCACAAGGUCAACAACGCCACGAUGACGAGGAGGCUAGUCCUAGUGGAAGUGGUAGCUCUCACCAAAAAUCUCUCUUCUGCAAUACCUAUGCUCUUUCCGAAGAGGCAGACUUAAAUGAUGUUGUUGAAGAAGCUCGGACCAGAAAAAGAAAAAAGAUCGAUGUGGUUGGGACUGAGCUAUGA